UUUAACAGUUGUUUGCGAACCGUCAUAAAAUCAAAGAAGUUAACGGAAGUUACCAGUUACCAAGAACAAUUUCCUAUUUUGAAUUUGUAUGGGUUAUUUAGAUGUUUAUUAACAUCAUGGAACUCACAAUAUGACUCAUUUAACUAGACAGUAUCACAUACUAACCUCAGGUAGUCUUUAAUUCGCGUUGGAGACGAGACUUGGUUGAUUUAUGUUAUCUAGGUAACGCUAGCAAGCUAGCUGUUAACCUUAGCUAACAAUAAUGGCUAACAGUAAUUGUAUGGUUUUUCACACUCAAAUAGCCUCCGUCAUGGAGGUGCUAGCGAAUGCAGCCGUGUCAGAGAUCUGUAAACUCGUAGACGACGACUAUGCAGUGUUUCGUUUAGAAAUAACUCAAAGCCAGAAAGAGAACAGGGGAUUACGGAGGAAACUACAGUUACUGGAACUGAAGGUGGCACGGGAGCGGGCAGAGAGGACAAUACGAGAGCGUGUCCUCGCUAGUCGUCCAAGUAGUGUCAAAGUCGUCGACCGAUACAGAAUAGCAAGAGGUGAAGGACAUCUCACUGAAGGCUACAGAAGCAUUGUGAAGCCAGCGGGACACAAUACAUGGAGAGAUGACCAACCAAUCACUGUUGAUGAGGGGAGUGGAAACUCAACCCAGCACAUUAUCGUGAUAGAGUCUGCAGAUGCAGAGGAUGCAGGUCCUGGGGUCAAGCAGGAGAGGACUGGAGGAGAGGAGGACCCACAACACAACAUUGACAUCCAGACUGGAGCAGCGUCUGGAGUGGCGCCCCCUGUAGCCACAGAGGACCUAUCCACCCCCAACGCGCCCCAGGCCAAGACAUGGCACAGCAUCACAGAGGAGGAGGAGGGUCCAGAGGUGCUGCUGGUUAAGGAGGAGGGGUGUGAGGAGGGUCUGGGGAACCCUGAGGGGACUAUAAUCAUGGAGGACAAUCAGACUACACCACCUCCUGAAGCCACAGAGGAACCAGCUGAGCAGCACAGGACCACACACAGUCUCACUGAGUCAGUAGACAUGGAGGAUGGGAAGCCUGAUCUGCUACUAGUCAAAGAGGAGACUAUAGAAGACGGACCAGAGAGCAUUGACCUGCUGAGUGGACUAAAGAUGGGGGAGCAAGAUGGUUGGCUGGAGGCUAACAGAAGAGACUGGGCUGCCAUCUUGGAAUCUCAGACCCAGAUGGGUGCAGCCAAGGGCCCGGGGGACAACAUCACUGAGCAGGCCAGGACCAGAGGCGAAAUAGUGGAGUCUGCAGUCCAUGAGAACCUGCUGAUAUCCGGUGUUGCUGGCGGGAGAGACUGGACCUCUGAAGUGGCUGGUCACAAACCCUGGCCCCGUAUCCGAACCCUGGAUCAGGAGCCGUCGCUCUUCCUUCGCGAGUCGGAACCAGGACCGAACCACCAUCACACAGAACAAAACCAGUGGACAGGUGGAAGUCCUGUUGGUCAUCAAAAAGACAGAGGCCCCAAACAGGGAUCCACUCUGCAGCCCAGACCCUUCUCUUCACAGUCUCAGUGCAGGGAUGGGGCUGAUAGAGAUAGACCCUCCUGUUCUCAUGAUACAAACACCACAGUAUCUAUGAUGAACAGAGCAGGUCAGCCUGGGCUUCAGCCUUCACAGAUAGUGGUGGGAGACCCCCCUGGUAGGAGUCUAACAGGAAGUCUGUCUUCUCCAGGAUCUUGUCUAAUGCCUGGUGAAUGGGUUCAUAGAAGGCCUGGGCAUGGACCUCGCCCUAGCCUUCCUCAGCUGCCUCAUGGCUACCCCAUGAAUACAGACAGUGUCAGGAUGGCCGUUCACAACGAGAGUUACCUAGCCUAUAACACAGCACCCAAUCCCAACAACACCCAAACAAUGGCUACAGGUCAAGGAGGGAGCUCAAAGACUCCUGCUUCUACCUCCUCUGGUGUUAUUGGGUCACAACGUGGGAGGCCGAGCAUUAGGACAGACGCGGACAAGCCGUACGCCUGCCCCACGUGUGGGAAGCGCUUCGCUAGGGCACACUAUUUGAGGGAGCACCAGACCGUUCACACCAAGGAGAAGCCCUUCAAGUGCAAACUAUGCUACAAGAGCUUCUCCUUCCUGAGUAACCUUACCAGACAUCGGAGUGUCCACAACCGGGAGAAAUCGUAGCACUGUGGUUUGAGAUAUGGUAGCGGGGUGAACAGGCAUCCUUGAUGAUCUUCCUGUGACAUUGGGUGCUGUAGAUGCCCUGGAGGGCAGGCAGUGUGCCACCGGUGAUGCUUUGGAGCUAACUGCACCACCCUCUAGAGAGCCCUGCGGUUGCGGACAGAGCAAUUGCCAUACCAGGCAGUGAUACAGGAUACUCUCAUUGGUGCAUCUUUGGGGACAAGCCAAAUUUCUUCAGCCUCAUGAGGUUGAAGAAGUGCAACACCACACGGUAUAUUUCAGGUUGUCAAUGAUCUGUAUGCCGAAGAACAUCGUUUUUUUAAAUAGGUCUAUUUUUGUGUUUUUGUAUCGAUGUCUUUUUUUUCUUCCCCUAUCCUAAAUGCUUUAUUUUUUCUAUGGUUUACCGCCAUGUACAGUAGGCGGCGGUAUGCACCUCUAAAAAUUGUUUGCAAACUGCUGUAAUACCGAAUAAGUGAACAGUGUCCGAUAACAUUUUCCACGUUAAGCGUUUUUGGUUAUUAUUUAGACGUUUAUGAACACCAUUUAACUGCACAGCAUCACAUAAUUACCUCAUAAUUCGCGUUGGAGACGGGACUUGGUUGAUGUAUGUUAUGU